AGCCGCCCGGCUGGCACACGUGGCUAGGGCACUCCUAAGCCUACCGCAGACGCCAGCCUUUACCCUCGAAUCCUGAAGGCGGAGAAGAAACCGCGGGGCCGAGACCUUCCUCGCCUUCCAUGGACCCGCCCCGUCGGAGCCGCAAGCCCCAAACCCCUAAGAGGCGCACUGCAAGCCCGACCCCCAGCCCCCGCCGGCGGGGCGCCCCCGCAGGCCCUUCCUUCCGUCGUCGAUCUCGUCACCGGAGAAGUCUGGUCCUGAAGGAGAUCCGAAAUCUUCAGAAGAGCACACACCUUUUGUUAAGGAAGGCCCCUUUCAGCCGCCUGGCAAGAGAAAUAUGUGUUAAAUUCACUCGUGGUGUGGACUUCAGUUGGCAAGCCCAGGCCCUGAUGGCCCUACAAGAGGCCGCAGAAGCAUUUCUAAUUCAUCUCUUUGAGGACGCCUAUCUCCUCUCCCUCCAUGCUGGCCGAGUUACUCUCUUCCCGAAGGAUGUGCAGCUGGCCAGGAGGAUCCGAGGCAUUGAGGAAGGGCUUGGCUGAGAUGCCACCAGUCCCCGGAUGAUACCAGGGACUCUGUCCGGAGCUGGGGCCAGAUCCGUGGAGUCCAAGGUGCGGCCUGGACUUGCUGUCCAUGAGUAGAGCGUGCGUGUUGAUUUUGUAAUUGACUUUUUUAAGAAGGAGCAGACUGCAUGGCUUUCCUUUGCAACAGAGGCAAUAUAGAAGAAAAUCAACAUGGUUCCAGAGGCCUGAGAAUUCUUUUCAAAUAAAGAGACUCCAAGGUUGACUUCAGUUUGUAAAUAAUUCAUAUGACUGCUUGGUGAUUCUGAAGACAUCUAAUGUGUUGCGUUACGGCAGAAAAGGAUAUUUGCUUGUUAUUUUAGAUCUUUCUGUACCAUUUUAAUUUUUUACCAUAUGUAUAUUUACUUCUAUUUAUAACAUAAGGGGAAAAAUAAGAGAAGACCACUUCGGUCAGUUGUAUCGAAGAGCCUGACACAUUUAAGCAUACACAUCUCUGUUCUUCAGCUUAAUCUUAGUGAUAGCAGCAAGUGCUUAUGUGGACUGUGCCUGUCAACAAAUUAUAGCUUCUCCAAAAUCUAAGUUGGGGUUAAAAUUGAAAAUUUUAAGGUUUGAUGUCCCUGUUCUUCCAAGUAAAUAUCUAUCAAAAUCAUUCUAACUUAAAAGAAUUAUAUUAUUUGUAAAUCACAGAAGAUGUAUCAUAGUUUAUACUUUUGAAUUUUUCAAUUCAGA